AUUAUGGAUUGGAUUUUCAACUUUAGUCAUUUCCUUUUUAAUUUGGAAACUAAAAUCCAAAAUUUUCUAACGUGUUGACCCUCCUUUGACGGCUACAAGGAUUGCCAUUGGCCACUGCUAAAGAGUUUACAGAGUUACCGCGCAACCCGGCACUAUAAUGCCAUAGACGCAAUGACAAAGAUUCUGCUUUGCUAAUUGAUGCAGCUUUUUGCUCCUUUAAUUACUCAAUUUCUAUUGAAAGUAUCUAUUUACUUACCAUAUUUGCUGCCGCUUUUUCUUUUAUAAAUUGAAAUUGAGAUUCCAAAACUAGAGGGGCUGAUAGAGAGAAAAUGGAGUGGGAGAAUCAAGAAAUGCAACAUCACCACCAACAAGGAGAAGACUAUUUGCAGUAUCAAAUUCAAAAUGAGGUUUGUGGGAAAGUGAUGACAGAUGAACAGGUAGAGGAACUGAGGAAACAGAUCGUUGCCUAUUCCGCCAUUUCUGAGCAGCUUGCUGAGUUGCACAAAUCCAUGUCUGCCCACCACGAUUUUACUGGUAUAAGGUUGGGAAAUCUAUAUUGUGAUCCAAUAUCAGCCUCUGUUGGGCACAAGAUCACUGCUAGACAGCGGUGGACUCCAACCGCAUUGCAGCUUCAAAUUCUUGAGAAUAUAUAUAAGCAAGGAACUGGAACACCAAGCAAGCAAAAAAUCAAAGAGAUAGCAUCUGAACUAGAACAACAUGGUCCAAUCUCUGAAACAAAUGUAUAUAAUUGGUUUCAGAAUAGGCGUGCUCGAUCAAAAAGAAAGCUUCAAUCCUCUACAGAUUCAGUUAAUGCAGAAACAGAUGUGAGCACAAAAGAGAAAAAGACUAAACCAGUAGAUCCAGACUUCAUUACCAACAUUUCACAAGGAGUUGAAAGCUUCUAUUUCCAAGCUGAUAUUUCACGAGGCUAUGAUUCUUACAAUAAUCUAGCUGAACAAUUUGGGUUACUAGGAUGAUGUUUAUGUAAUAAUUGAUUUAGAAGGGAUGACAUUAAUAUAUAUAUAUUUUUUUAUAAUUAAAAA